UCAGUACGACAGACGACAGUACACCAGUUACCACGGACCAGUGCGGACCUGCGGCACUACUAAUACGGUUACGGCACUCUCUAACACGUCUUUAUAUCAGUCAUAUCCAACUUCAAAUUUGAAGAUGGAUACCCUUGAUAAAUUCAUCGACAGUUUAAGUAACGAUGAAAAAGAAAAUUUUGAACGUCAUUCUCAGUUUUACCAUUCGUUUGAUAAAAAUCAGAUGCGACCUAAAGGUAACCAACGAAACGGGAAUGAUGAUGUUGAAAAUAAUAACGAAGAAGGCUUUAUGGGCGUUUUGAAAUCGUUAAAUGUGGAUGAUCUGAUUGAAUCCGUGGAUGAAAUCCAACCCAUCAAAAAAAAGAUGAAACGAAGUAUUGACUCACCUUAUAAGGAAGUAAGAGUUUACGAAGGUUCGUCAAAUAAUAAUAGUAAAAGCAAUAAUUUUGAUAAAAAAAAUCCCAAAUCAGUCCAAAACUUGUCAAAAAUUGUCAAGGACAAAAGAAUUGUGCGUCAUAUUAAUAACAGUAGCAGUAGUGAUGAGAUAUCCGAAGAUGAUGAAAAUGAAUUGGAAAAAGAAGUAACGGAAUUAGGUAGAAUUCCACAACGCCAACAAUGUGUGAAUGUUAAUGAUGUAUCGACAAAAUGCAAUUUUCUCAUUAAAAAUUUAAAAAAAUGUCAAUCAACAGUUAAUGCAGAUACUAGCCACAUGCCACAGGAUUUAGAUUUAUUGAACUAUAUUGAAAACAUGAAACAAAAAUGUAACGUUUUAUAUGAAUCGAAACGGACAAAGUCAUAUAAAACUUUAGUCAAAACUAAUUUUGAAUUGUUUAAUUUGAAAAAAUAUUCCAAGAUACCGGUUGUCAAAGGGUACAUCAACUUAUACAACGCUUUAAAAUCGUUUGAGAAACAACACAAUUACACAAUAACAUUUGCUACAUCGAAAUUGGGAGAUGCACUAAAAGUGUAUAGCGCCAAUUCAGACGUAUGUUGGGACGUCGUUCAUUUAGCGUCCAACAGCAAUAAAGACCUAUUGAAGUACAAAUUGUGUUAUGGAGCCAUACCAGACAGAUAUAUUUCAGAAGUAGAAACUAUAGUUUGCCGAAUUUUAUUCUGUAACUUAAAUAACAAGGAAAAAAAUUCGACCAAUAAUACAAAUCAAUUUCAGAACAAGGAUUACGAUUUGCUUGAAGGUGAACUAGAAUUGCUUAUUUUCAAUUAUUGGCAAAUGUCUACGUGUGAUAUGUUAGGAUACAAAGAGCAUUUAAAUCGCAAAAAGAAAAAAAUGGUAUUUUAUUAUAUGUUUAAAAAUUUGGAAACAAAUAUUAUUCACAAUGAUUUCGGUGGAAAUGAAAAACAAAAACAUAUGUUUAUGAGCAUCUUGAAACUGUACAAAUCGUAUGCGGCGUUUGAAAACCCGUCAAUAUUGACUGCCGCCGGUUUGGCAUAUGUAAAAAACUCUGCGUGUAAAUUAGUUACGUUUUUGGGAGAGCAGUAUGACUUGUGGUCAGGUUUUUUUCAUACGUUUAAUAUGCACAGUAUGGCUUUUGAGCAUACGAUUAAAGCUUUGUUAGAGGACCGAGACAUUAUUUUUAGAUAUUUAUUUACGAGAGUAUUAGAAAUUGAUAAUUUCAAUAUUUCUGGUGCUAGUAAAAGUUUGUGGUUUCACGGGGUUACACAAAAAACAACCCCUGAACUGGAAGACACAAUAAUAAAAAAAAAAGAUGUGGCUAAUUGUCUUAGCUUUUAUUUUUGUCGUGCAGAAAAUGUGCCAAGAGCUCUAUGUAUAAAAAUGGACAACUAUUAUUUUUUAUAUAUUGAUCUUUUCGUUUCAUUUAUUAUUAAUAACAAUUUGUUUAAAAAUCAAAAAAAAUUAACAACCGAGAACUGCAAUCAUUUUUUUCUAUUAAAUGACAGGAAUUUUCAUGAAAUUUAUUUGCAAAAUUUAAUUCCAUCAUUUGAAACCAAACUAAUGGUAACCUCGAUGAUAACCAUGCUGAACCAUCACUUGAAUGCUCGUUUGGACGGACAACUUACGAAGAAAUUAAAAAUGGACAUCGAAGUCACAUAUAUGUUUUUUAAACUAAUACAUCUUCACUUAAAUUAUGCACUGGCGCCCGCGAUGCUGCGCGAAGGCCCUGCUCUCACGGAUGUGCAGUGGGCUAGUAUCUUUAUAUCUGACUUAGAUAAAAUGGAAAUGUUUUAUCUAAACGCCAUGGCAUGGAGAGAUAAACCAUGUAUAUUGGGUGGUGCGGCAGAUGAUUUAGAUUACAAUCCGGAAACCGAAGAUUUGGACCCAUUACAAAAUGUGUGCCAUGAUGAUCUUACGUGCAGUGAUGUAACCGACGACGUAGAAAGUUAUUUCCAUUCUUCUGACAGUGAGACAGAAGGAUUGGACGAAAUUAUUGACAAGAUUUUAAUUGAAAAAAAAAAUGAACGUUUAUUAGCCGAAUGCGAAUAUCUCAAAAAAAGUCAAGAAGAAGAAAUAUUUGAUCGCAAGUUAUCUAAAAUAAUACAAGACCGCAUACAAAAAGUUGGGUAUUUUAAUAAAUUAAAACAUAAAACACCAAAAAAAACUGCCACGGAGAGGAAAAAUGUUGGCCAUGUCGAAGUCGAAAAACAGACUGUGAAUCAAGUAAGAAGUGUUAUGACAUUAAAAGAUGAGCGUGCAAUGGUGGCUGCUGGUGUGUUGGAUGUAUAUGUAUUAAAAAAUAACGAAACACACGUGAAUAGUUCUGACACAUUGAAAGUGUUUGGAUUACUUUCUAAAAACAAAAUUAAGACUGGUCGUAGUUCUAAAGGUUGUGUACUGUGUCCAAACAGUAAAGUCGCAUCAUACAAUAUGUUGGUUUCGGAAAAUGUAGCUGUGGCUUGUUGUUUGACAUGCAUUGAAGUCGUUGCCAAUAUCAUUAAGCAGAAAAUAUACUCAUAUGAACAACUACAGGAAGUUUUGGUAUGGCGUAUAGAACUCCGUUUUAAAGCACCUUUAUUAUUUAAUAAAAAUCUGGAGAUUUUGACUAAAAUGCCUCAAAUGUUAUCGCAUAAUGAUAUGUACUGUUGUACAUAUAACAAACUUCUCCCUAACUACGGAAAAAUUCUAAAAAGAAUUGAUGUUUUCAGUCAUCAUUCUGAACAUGUAAAUCUGUCAUAUUUAUUAGUACCUACUGUAAAUAAAAAAAGAUUUACAGAUAGGUUUUAUCAUUAAAAUGUUUUUCCAAAUACUGUUUAAUUGUAAUAUUGUUAUGUUAAGAUUCUAAACAAUGAUAAAUCUGAUUAUUUCACAACUUAUGAUCUGUUAUUUAAUUAAUUUAUUUUACUUUUACAUGACUUUAAUUACAUUUCAUAACUGUUGUAAUGCUUUAGUCUAACCAGCCUAAUCAACACAUCUCCUUAAUUUUUUUUUUUAAUUAAAAUUUUAUAAUUCAUCAAUUUUUUUAUUGUAACAUUGAGUUUUGUUCAUUAUAUAUAAACACACAGUAUUUUGAUUACUUUAUCAUUUUUAUGAAUUUUUUUUGAUUUAAUAAUUCUUAACUAUUUAUUUAUACAUACAAUAUUUAUAACAUAUUUAUAUAUACAAAUUGUUUCUGUAAAAUGAAUGAAAUUGUA